GUUUCACACACAUACACAUAUCAACACACACUGGUUAGACAUACAGAUAUAGCCAUGAUCCUCUUGGGUCGCAGUCUGUGUCUUCCUUCUCCAGCCACUGUCCAGGAGCUGUUCUCUGUGGCUCGGGAUGCCAACAUCAUCCCUGAUAUCUCCUUGGAUCCGGUCCUCACCACCUUCUUGUCAAUGGACUCCUCUGCAGCGCUGCAGCAUCAGUAUGCCUUCUUACAGCAGAGCAUGAGCAGGGAGCAGCAGACUGAAUUCAGCCUCAGCCUGACUGGACAGCUGGGCGGCAGCAGCAGGGUCACCUAUGGAGGAGUAGGGGUUGUUGCUCUGGCUCUGUCUAUGCUUUUUGACCAGGUUGCCCAACAAGUCCGAAUGCAAAGAUCAACAGAGAGGGACCUAUCAACUCAGAGCUCACAGGCUAAGAGGAUUUUUGGCAUCAGCACCUCUUCAAGAAUUGGCUUGAUUAUCCAGAGCUACCUCAGUCUGAUCCCUGGGAUUGCCAACAACCAGGAGAAGAUGGCUGAGACUACAGAGCUCUAUGACAACUGGCUGAAACUUGAGCUAAUUGACCAUUACGAGAGGAUGACCACUAAGAAGAGAAUGAGCUCAGUGUCCAUGCAGCAGUGGUUGACAGGAGCUGCAUUUCAUCUGCACAUGAGAAUCCACCAGGUCCGGCUGCAAUCUGUGCCAUUAGGAUCAGCAGAGUCACUGCGUCUGUCUUAUAAGAUGGGGUUAAGUCGCUUGGUUCAGGGUUACACAGCCUAUCUACGCAGAAACAUCCAGGAGACUGCAGCUCCAGGUCCACGAAAACCCAAAACCAGGACAGCCAGUGGACCAAGACAUACUGACACCUCUAGCAUAACCAAUGUGACCUGCUCAAUUAAUCAACUUUUUAAUGUUAGCCUGGCUAGUCCAAGUACCUCAACUGAUAGAUUUAAUAAGACUACUUCAUCCAAUUCAACUGCUGAAAUUAGCAGAAGCUGUAAAACCCAUGGAUCCAGAGAAGGGUUUGGAGUCAAAGUGUCAAAAGGAAAUGACAAUACAGCUGUAGGUAUAGUAAACAGAAAGACACUCACCAAUUCGACUGAAUAUAGCAGGGAGAAGGAUGUCGGCAUGCUGGGCCUGUUAGCUAUUGAGCCAUUGAGGAAUGUGAGUCACAAUGUGCAGCAUUACCCCUGUGAGUCUCCAGCCAUACAACAAGCUUUGGUGACUCGUAUUAUAAAUGCUCAGGACCUGGAGCGUAACAGAAACUUUUUCCUGUGCCCUGAGAAAGUUUUCCACAGCCUGCUUAGGCAGAGGAAUGACUUUGAGUUAAAGACAGAGACAAAGACAGUUAAUUAGACAGUGAUGACUAGAGUGCAAUUAAAUCUUCAGUCCCACAGUUGAACUUAAAAUUGUGCUUUUAUGUUUAGGAAACUACCAUUUCAUUAGUAAUUUUAAUCAUUUAUUUCAUUCUCUUUCAGUCUGCCUGAAAGUGGGUGUCAUUCCCCUUUAACUGAUCACAGAUAUGUAAAUUUAUAUUAAUGAUGCUUCUAAAAAUUAGAAAAAUCUCAGUAUAACAAUACAAUUCAACAGCAGCACAAACUACAUCUUCCAAAAUUACAAUAAAGUUGAAUUCAGCACCUUAACACCUCAAUCAUAACAGUUUCAGUAUAAACUGAACAUUAUAACCUUCUUGAAAGGUGGAUUUGUUAUUAGACUACAUUAGUUCUCGCUAGGUGGACCUAAUAGACAGACAACUGUGUGUAGAUCUGCUCUGUAAAUCACAUGUUCUGUGCUCUCUUUUAAGAAAAUGUAUAUUUUAAAUUGCAUAUACACUGCAUAUACCUGACAGAAUGCUAUUGUUUAUGAAGAAUUGUUUGUGCAUGUAGCCAGGCCAGUGAUUUCUUUUUAAACUGUAUUUUCAUAGACCUGAGUCAGACACUGAGUAACAGCCAGACAGCAGCCUGCGACACAACGUCAGCUGGAUUUAUCUCAUAGAAGCUUUGAACCUGAUGAUGGAAUCUAAAGGGCUUUUCUCCAAUAACUUAUUUUCUCUUGUUUAAUGAUAAAAAUCUUACCAAUCAAUUUAAACAUCACAUUGAAAUGAUAUUUGACUAAUUAUGAUUUCUGCUGGAUGAGUUGCAUCUGUGCCUCAUAUGUUCCACAGUUACAUUUUUCUUUUACCAGAGAUUUGUAGGCUGUUCUCACCAAUUCUGUCCAUUUUACUUAAUAUGCUAUAAUCCACUGUAUUUCUGUUGCCUACACUGUAAAAUAUAAUGAACUGUUUCCACUAACAGCACGUCUAUUCUGAUUUAAAAAUGAGAGGUAUCUGAACUAGUACUGUUGUAACACAAAACUCAUUCACCUUCACUGAAAACAACUGAUAAACCUGACACAUUCAUUUGUUCAUUCAUUCCAUUUUUAUUGCUAAAAAUAAUAGGAGACAUUUUUGGAUUGUUAAAACAAAGUGAUGGAGUCUGCAGCCUUAAUGACAAAAAGGUGGAACAUCAGGCUCUAGUGAUGGAAAAUUGUAAUAGAACAAAUACAGAAUGAGAUAUUUUAGCUCAAUUGACAGUUAAAAAUCCCCAAGUAAUAAGGAAUAUCAGACCCUUAUGUAAAAGUAGAAAUACCACAAUGUAAAAAUACUCUAUUACAACUAAAAGUCCUGUGCUCAAAAUUUUACACGAGUAAAAGUACAGAAAUAUCAAAUGCAACAGUACUCUUGCAGAAUAGAUCCUUUCACAGCAGGCAGCACUUUCAUGUUUUAGCAGGUCAAGUUGGAAAGCUAAUUUUAACAACUUUAUAGUCUGAUGGAUAUUUUAAUCCAUAAAAACAUCAUCAUAUUUAAUUUGUCACAUUUUGUAUAUAAAAUAAUCUGGACUGAAAAAAUCUGGACUGACAGAGAAAUCAGUAACUAAAGCUGUCAGAUAAAUGUUCUAGAGUAGAAGUAUAAAGCAGAAGAAAAUCUGUGUUGGAAGAAGUAUUCUGUUCAUUUACUUAAGUGAAAGUAGCAACAUCAAGCUAUAAAAAUACUCCAUUACAAGUAAAAAGUCUGCACUCAAAGCAUUAUUUAAGUAAAGCAUAGAUGUUUUAUUAGCAAAAUCUACUUUAAGUAUCAAAAGUGAACGUAACCUACUACAUCAUACAGAAUGAUGCCUGUUGAUGUUAUAUUACUUGUUGAUGCAUUAACAUGUAAGUAGUAAUUUUAAAUGCAGUUUUGGAUGGUUUAAU